AUGUCUGUAUUACCAGGACCUACAGAAAAUAUCAACAAAGAUAAUAAGUUUAUGAAUGAUAUUAAAAAAUUCAUGAACCAAAAAAUUAGAGUAAAAUUCGAUGGGGGAAGAGAAGUUGUUGGCAAUUUGAUUGGCCAUGAUGCCAUAUUUAACUUAGUUCUAGACAAAACCGAAGAAUUUAUACGAGAUCCAAAUGAUAGUUAUGUAAUAACUGAAAAAAGUAGAAAUAUUGGAUUAAUUGUAGCCCGAGGAACUUCGGUUGCUUUGAUUACCCCCGUUAAUGGCACUCAAGAAAUUUCAAACCCAUUUAUAUCGGAAGAAAAAUAG